GGAUAUUAGCCUGUUGGGCUAUGCCUCUCCAUUCAUUUAGUAUUCAGUUGCAGCUGAUAAAAACUAUUUAAUUUUUCUUUUUUUCACUUUCAUCAAUCUAAGAAUAAAAUCCAAUAACUUUUUAUAAGCUGAAAUAAAGAAUGUGCAACUAUUAAACUUGACAAUUUAGAUUAUUUAGUUGCUGCUGCACUCUAGAAAAAUUGAAGUGUAGAUGGCAUUAUCACCUGUUGGAGUUUCAAGGAUAUCUUUGUUUAAAGCCGCUUCUUUGGAUUUUAAUGGAAGCAACUGGGUUUCCAGCAGUCGCGCUUUAGCUCCUCCUUCAUCUGAUCCUACCCGGCUGGUGGUUCUCAAAUCUGCUGCUCCUUGUAAACACAUUGCCUGCUCUGCUGUUCAAGAAUCAUCCACUCCUACAGUUUCUGCGGACGCAAAGGAAGAGAAGGCAGAAGCAAUUCCAGCAGCAGCAAAGCCAAAACCUGCGGCGAAAGCUCCUGCUAAAGCAUUGCCUCAGAUGAUGGAGGAAGAUGUUAUACCUGCUCUUAAAUCAAUUCUUGAAGCACAAGAUGAUAUAACAGAUCUUGAGUUGGCCUUCAAGGAUAAUACUUUGGAAGGUUCAUUUCUGCAAAAGGACAAAGCCUACUCAUUUUGGGCGUUUUUCCCUGAUGGAAAUCUUACAGGUCCAAAGGGAUUUUCGCUAUGCUCGUAUGGCUCGGAAGUGAGUACUGUGGAGCCUUUUCUUAUUGAUGAGAAGAAAAUCACCCCAAGGCAUGUGGUGUUUUGGGUUGAGAAGCGUUUGGCAGCUCAAGGGAUCAUUCCUGUUUGGGAACGAUAAUUUGCUUUUCAAUGUUCUAUCUAAUCCAAAUUCAUAGUCUUUUUUUUGUAUAAAUUUCUCUGUUAAUAAUACAUAUUGAAAGAUUACUGUA